UACUUACAGCUGCACAGGAGCUUGUGUCCCCUCUCGCUCCUCCUCUCCCUGGUUUACGUCAUCCCGGAGCGCCGGGGACGCGGAGACAACGCGGUUAACGGGACUUCCUCGUCACGUGAUGGGAUACGCCCCUGCUUGCGCGUAGUCCCACCCCCUCAGGCCGUGGUUGCAAUUACGCUCUCUGCGGCCUGCAGUUGGCGAGCCGCUGCUGGCCGAAGAUACAGCGCCGACCCGGACUGGAGGAGCUCUAGGCCAAAGGGGUGAGCCAGCCAGGAUCCCGGAAUCCUUCACUGCUUGAAGCCGGCGAGAGGAAAUGAAACAGACGGGAACCUGCGGGGGAGGGAGGAGACUAGCGGAAGGUGUCAUGGCGGCCGCGUUCUCUGGUCACGUGCCCCGCAGGACCGCCUUAGUGCUUCCGGUCACGUGCCCCCAGAGUCCUCGCAGCCAGCGAUGGAGGCGAGACCCCCCAGUAACAGAGGCGGCGGCGACGGCGGCGGCUCCUGGGUUUCAGCCUCUCCCCGGCGGCGUCUCUAAGAAGCGCAGCGAAAUUCAACCUGACUCAACCCACAUACUUACUCCCUCCCCAGGGCCGUAGCUCCCACCUGAAGCCAGUUAUUGGAAUCUGUGAGGAACGGUCGUCUAAUCUAUGAUCCAGAAAACUAAAAGACCAUUCAAAUCAUCUGUAAUCCUGUUACUGUAGGUAACUACUAUUACAUGUAGUAUACUCCUCCAGUCACAUAUUUUCAUCAUAAGCACAGUGGAACUCCAAGGUGAGACUGACCCAGAUUCAAACCCAGUUCUGCUACUUCAUGAUGCGUUGGAAAAGCAUCUUGAUUUCUCAGACCCAGUUUCCUUUAUCUGCAGAAUGGAACUAAUAAUAGAACCUACCUCAAGAUUGUUAACAAGAAAUUGAAUGAGAUAUCAAAACUAUGGGAUUGUAAAACAAUGUGGGGAAAUAUUUUCAAUGGCAAGUGAAGAACAAGAAUUAACUUGGAUGUACUUCAAGAUUACAUUUGUAAGGUUAAGCAAAAAGCCGGAGACAAAAGAAAAAGAAGACAUGAUUCCGUUUAUAUGAAGUCCUAGAACAGACAAAAACUAAUUUGUGCAAAAUCAGGAAGUAGUUGUUUGAAGCACCUUCUACCCAUCAUGGCAACUUCAUCUGAAGAAGUUUUACUGAUUGUAAAGAAGGUGCGUCAAAAGAAGCAAGAUGGAGCUCUAUACCUCAUGGCAGAAAGAAUUGCUUGGGCACCUGAAGGCAAAGAUAGAUUUACGAUCAGCCAUAUGUAUGCGGAUAUUAAAUGCCAGAAAAUCAGUCCAGAAGGAAAAGCUAAAAUUCAACUUCAGCUGGUCCUGCAUGCAGGGGACACAACUAACUUCCAUUUUUCCAAUGAAAGCACAGCAGUCAAAGAGCGAGAUGCAGUGAAAGACCUUCUUCAGCAGCUGCUGCCCAAAUUCAAGAGGAAAGCAAAUAAAGAACUUGAAGAGAAAAACAGAAUGCUGCAAGAAGAUCCUGUUUUGUUUCAGCUUUAUAAAGAUCUUGUUGUGAGUCAAGUGAUCAGUGCUGAGGAAUUCUGGGCCAAUCGUUUAAAUGUGAACUCAACAGAGAGCUCUUCCACAUCCAAUCAUAAGCAGGAUGUUGGUAUCUCUGCAGCAUUUCUGGCUGAUGUCCGGCCCCAAACAGAUGGAUGUAAUGGUCUGAGAUACAAUUUAACCUCUGAUAUCAUUGAGUCCAUAUUUAGGACCUAUCCAGCAGUAAAAAUGAAAUAUGCAGAAAAUGUUCCCCACAACAUGACAGAAAAGGAAUUCUGGACACGUUUUUUUCAGUCCCAUUAUUUUCACAGGGACCGGCUGAACACAGGGUCAAAGGACCUCUUUGCAGAAUGUGCCAAAAUAGAUGAAAAAGGGCUAAAAGCAAUGGUUUCAUUAGGAGUGAAAAACCCACUACUUGAUUUGACCGCUUUGGAAGAUAAACCAUUAGAUGAUGGCUAUGGCAUUUCCUCUGUGCCAUCCACUUCUAAUUCUAAGUCCAUAAAGGAGAAUAGUAAUGCUGCCAUCAUCAAGAGAUUUAACCAUCACAGUGCCAUGGUCCUGGCAGCAGGUCUCAGGAAACAAGAAGCACAAAAUGAACAAAAUGGUGAGCCCAGCAGCAUCGAUGGAAAUUCCGGAGAUGCAGACUGCUUUCAGCCAGCAGUCAAAAGGGCAAAAUUACAAGAGUCCAUUGAAUAUGAAGACUUGAGGAAAAAUAAUUCCAUAAAAACGAUUGCACUAAACCUCAAGAAGUCAGAUAGGUAUUAUCAUGGUCCAACUCCAAUCCAGUCACUACAGUAUGCAACAAGUCAGGACAUUAUUAAUUCUUUUCAAAGUAUUAGACAAGAAAUGGAAGCUUAUACACCCAAAUUAACUCAGGUUCUCUCCAGCAGUGCUGCCAGCAGCACCAUCACAGCACUGUCGCCUGGAGGAGCGCUUAUGCAGGGAGGCACACAGCAAGCCAUAAACCAAAUGGUGCCAAAUGAUAUUCAGUCUGAAUUGAAGCACCUGUAUGUGGCUGUUGGGGAACUUCUGAGGCACUUCUGGUCCUGCUUUCCUGUUAAUACACCAUUCCUAGAAGAAAAGGUAGUGAAAAUGAAGAGUAAUUUGGAACGAUUCCAAUUUACAAAGCUCUGCCCAUUCCAAGAAAAAAUUCGAAGACAAUAUUUAAGCACAAAUUUGGUAAGUCACAUAGAAGAGAUGCUGCAGACAGCCUACAACAAGCUACACACGUGGCAGUCACGGCGUCUGAUGAAGAAAACGUGAAGUGUCUGUGGCUCUCACAAGUUUUGUGAGAUCAAGAGAACUGUGACCUGCAGUGACUCUGGAAACAUGGCCUGACAGAAAUGCAGAUGAUCACACAGAAGUGACAGCAAACAUCUGCAGCACGCCAACUCUCGGAGCUGAUGCUAUUGUACUUGCACAUUGUGAACUGAAAGGAAAGGAACUGAUUAAACUAAAAGCUGGGAAGGUAAAUUAAGGCAGAACCAAAAUGAGCUAAGUUGCAAAAAUAUAUAUAUAUUUUAAAAAGACACUGUUUACUGCAGUUACUCAGGAACUGCUUUUGAUUCACAUUAAGCUGCUUUCAGAAAUUUAAAAAACUUUUUAAAAGGGUGCAUUGAUAAAAUCUGAGGUUUUUUUUGUUGUUGUUUUUCUGUGUAAAUUUUUUUUUCUAAGUUUAUGGCACAGGGUACACCUUAAGUAUUUCCCCUCCAUCCUCUACUUGGAUCCUCAAGUGUUACUGAAUUCUAGUUGUACCUUACAUCAGCAAGUUAAAGAGAGUACUUUAAAGUAGAAGGAAACUGUUGCUCAACCAGCAGGAAACAGUUUUACUCAGAAGACAUCGUUGGUCCUGUGUUUCCUACGGAAAUAAGAAACAAUAAAUAUUGCACUGAAUGUGGUUGGAGUCCCUAAAUGAUAAAGGGAACAUAUUUGCAGAAAGUCAUGUGGGGGUUUUUAUGCAGAAUUUUGUCAGAAGACAAUGGCGCUGCAUGUUUUUCUUCGAGUGCAAAUGUACAUUGCUAAGAUUUUUUUUAAUGGCAUGUGCUUUGAGAAAAGGAAAUUGCAUUUUUAAGAGUUUAAAAAAUCUUAUGAGUGAGAAAUAUAAGAAAUCUUACUUAUUUUCACCUCUUUAGAAAAAAAUAAAAGAUGUUUCUCAUACCUCCUUUUCUCCAGUAUCUGACUGUUAACUGUCCUUGGCGAAUUGAUAAUCAUUGCAUAGUGACUGAAAAGCCUAAAUGCAAAAAAAAAAAAAAAAA